AUGGAGAACAAAGAAAUUGAAUUCCAAGACUAUAUAAUUAAAAUUGAAGAACAUGUUGAUAUUAAAAUUCUUUUCUUUAAAGAAGAAGAGAAAAUUCCAGAAAAUAUUAUUUGCAAGAAAAAAUCAAAUAAGUCUGAAAUUAUAAAAAGUGAUAUUGUAAAUGAACGAGAAGAAUUUAUUCUUUCAAAAUAUCAUAGUUAUAUUAUUUCUUUAAAUGUUUAUAAUGGUGUUCAGA